GGUUUCAGGACUCCCUCGGUCUUGCCCUCCCACACCCGCCCCCCAAAUAAAAUAUAUAUAUAUAAAUUCCGUAUAAUUUCUUUUCUUUUGGUCGAAGCUCGGAAUCAAUGGCGACGUCUGGAAAUAAUAUCAAAAACGCUAAAUUGGUUCUUCUUGGAGAUGUGGGAACUGGGAAGUCUAGUUUGGUUUUACGUUUCGUGAAAGGACAGUUUGUUGAAUUCCAGGAAUCAACAAUUGGUGCAGCGUUCUUCUCACAGACAUUGGCAGUGAAUGAUCAAACAGUGAAAUUUGAGAUCUGGGAUACUGCAGGACAGGAGAGAUAUCAUAGUUUGGCUCCUAUGUAUUACAGAGGAGCUGCAGCUGCUAUAAUUGUAUAUGAUAUAACGAAUUCGGCUACAUUCACGCGAGCAAAGAAAUGGGUUCAAGAACUUCAAGCCCAAGGUAACCCAAGCACAAUAAUGGCUCUUGCUGGAAACAAAGCUGAUUUAUUAGAAGCCAGGCAGGUGUCUGCAGAGGAAGCCCAAACAUAUGCUCAGGAGAAUGGCCUUUUCUUCAUGGAAACUUCUGCUAAAACAGCAACCAAUGUCAAUGACAUAUUCUAUGAAAUUGCAAAGAGAUUGCUCCAGUCUCAACCACUACAGAACCCUCAAGGAAUGAUUCUCACAGAUAGACCAGCUGCAAGAUCUGUCAAUACCACUUCUUGCUGCUCUUAGUGCCCAUCACCAACUCACUAGUCAAGUGAUCCAUUAAAGUUACCAAACAAAAAUAUCUGAGGUGAACAGCCACCGGCUCCACAACUAUUUUCUCUGCUCAUGAUCCGCAUUUCCCAUAUUUUUUACUGUGAAUACUAGAUUUUUAUUGUUUUAAGAACUGCACUCCAGCCAAAGAUUCCAACAUGGCUUUGUAUUAAACUUUUGAGAACUACAUUUAUGGGAAUUCUUCAUAUUUCAGACUUCAU